CCGAGCGGAUCGUAGCAGCAGUUGCGGCGCCGCAGGGGGUAUAUGUGCGUGUGAUCUGUGGGGGACGAAACCAACGAACUGCCGGCCGGAUCUAGCCAUGGCCGCCGCCGGAGCCGUUUCAGCGCGGCUCCGUCGCUCCACGCGGACACAAGACGACUACGAGGUGCUCGUCGCGGGGCGCACCGUCCUCGCCACCGUCACGGCGAGCCCAGCCGUCGCGCGCCGCUGGAUCUACACCACGCUCUGGCGGGGCCGCCAGCGCCUCAACUCCGGCAAGGGGCUCACCGUCGGCAUGGGCGUUCAGUGGACGCCUCCUUUCCUCGGCUCCUCCUCCGACGACGAAUCAGAGUCCUCUGACGAGGAAUCAGAGUCCGAGCCGCGGCCGGGCACGGUGCAGCUUUGCAGCGGGCAGCGCUGUCUGGUGUUCCAGAUCGCGCAGGCGGCCAAAUAUGCAGACGACGGUGCGACCCCCGCCGUGCUCCGGCGCUUCCUGGACGACCCGCGCGUGGCCUUCGUGGGCUUCGGGUCCGACUGCCGCAAGCUCGGCGCCCACCACGGGCUGGAGGUCAGGUGCACCAGGGAACUGCGCGCCGUGACCGGCAUGGGGAACACCUCCAUGGAGCGCAUGGCGGAGCGGCUCCUCGGGUCGGGCGGGGUGAAGAAGGCCAGGCGGGUCGGCGUCAGCAGGUGGGACGCCCGCGAGCUCUCCGAGGAGCAGGUCAAGUAACGCCUGCGUCGACGCCUACCUCUCCUACUGCCUCGGUGUCACGCCGGACUCGGACUCGGACGCGGAGUCGGGAUCGGACUCCGACUAGAGUCAUGUCUUGUUUUCUCAAUUUCAUAGUUACUUGUCGAUUGUGGACGAAAUAAAGGUGCCAAUUUGUGUAUAUGGCUAU